CGGGCUGAUUCUGCGGCAGUUGAAAUGGCCGGUCUUCUGGUGGCAGCCUAACACUCCGAUGCCGAAAGCCGUCGAUGCCGCAGUGUCGUGUCGUCGUGUGUGUGCUCAGGUGCCCUUAUAGAUCGUAAUAAUAUAAUAUUAUAAUUCCUUUUUUUUGUCGAAUUAUAUUUUUAUUAGGCGAUAUUAUACGCGUACACUGCAGUAGCACACCACACUCGACGGCGGCAAUUCGUUUUCCGGUGUUUACGGGGUUGUUUCCGAUCCGCAACCUGCAGCAGUCCCGUGGAGUAGGUAUAGUCUUGUUUUCCCGCGUCGAUUCCGGGAUAGUAAGUCUUUCGCGUGGAUCGUCGUCCGAUCGUUUCCGCGUCCGUAUUACACACUUCACUCUUAUAAAUAGCAUAUUAUUAUUGCAAUAUCGUCACGAUCGCCAUCAUGCACUCCAAGACUAUCAAGUCCGUGAUGACAGCCGUAGUGCUGGCGGCCAUCGUCUGCGCGGCUGCGGCAAAGCCCGCGAAAACCAGCAGACUGGCUAAGUACGCGACGUUAUGCAAGCUUUCAGACCCAAAAUUAAGCUUAUGUUUGACUACCCUAAUGAAGGAUAUUUUAAAGCACUCCAAAGCAGGUAUACCUGAACUUAACAUACCCACGUUGGAACCAUUUAUCAUUCCGGAAAUUGAUCUAAAAAUAUUCCAAGGAUUAGGUGCUACUAUUUUCGGUGGCACGGUUCAAAGAUCCGAUAAAUCCAAAGCAUUUGCACGUAAUUUAAUUAUUCAUCAUUCAUCUGAAUUCGAUAUUCACGACCUUAAGGUGGAUAUCAAUAAGAACGAAUUCUUCAUCGACCUUAGUUUUCCAAAACUUGAAAUGGAAGGAGAGUAUGAUGUAAAUUUAAUUAUGUUUAAUAUGCCAAUUAAAAGCACAGGACCUGUAUUCAUAAAUGCCACUGACAUUGCAGUCAAAGCUACAUUGAAUGGCAAAACGGUUAAAAGGAAGUCCGAGACUCUUUUAUUGUUCGACAGCAUUGACAUCAAAGUUGACUUUAAAGAUUACUCAAUAUCGAUUCAAAAUUUGUUCAAGAAAGAUCAAAACCUAAACAGAGCAUUGAAUGAUUUGAUAAAAAGCCAAAAAGCUGAGUUAAGAAAACUAACGAUGCCAAUGAUCGAAGAACUAGCCGGUAAAAUGGUGCUCUCUAUGAUAAAUCAAAUUUUGACCGGUUUACCUAUUGAGGAAAUAUUUGUAACAGAGUAGUGUCCGAUGUUAUAUACCAUACCUAUCUAAUGGUUUACCUUAAAUGUAUUUAUUCUUGAUUUAUUUUCUGUUUUAUGUAUUUAAUAGCUUAAGGAAAUAACUGUAAUGAACGUAUGUAUUCGUAUAAAAUGUAUUAUUUUUUUUUUAAAUAUACAUAAUAUAUAUUGUUACCAAUUUAUGUAAUCAUGUUAAAAAAAUAGCCAAUUAAUUAGCCCUCAAAAAGUAUUUUACAACAUUAGUAUUCAGACUUAUAAAAAACAAAAUAUUGGUGAUUUUAUAUUGUUAAUCUGGAAAUAGUUGUUCGUAGGUAAAGUGUUGCGUAAGCUUUUCCACAGUGUCUAACACGAACUCUUCAAGUACUUUUUGAAUAAUUGGCCUGAGCUCCAUGAAAAACAUAACAAAAUUGGCAUUUAUAGCCAAAUUGAGUACUUCACCUAAGAGAAAAUCAAUACUAAAGAUUAAUUAUAAAUAUGAUUUAAGUUAAAUACUUUAUUUUUUAUUUAGAUGAAUAUUUUAUUUAUAUUAAAUAUCUCUUUAUAUCAUAUAGGUACUUCAUGUUUUAUAUUUUUUCAGAUUAUAUAAUAAUGGGAUUUUUUUUAUUACCAAUAAUAAGUUAGGUAAAUAAGUUUUGAUUAGUAUUUUAUGUACGUUUAUUUUUAUAAAUACCUUUAUUUGAUGACUUAAUAAAAUAUUUAAAACGUUUUAA